CACUGGACCUCACAUACAUCUGGAAAGUUGUUUAAUGUCAUCAAGUGCUGUCAAGAGAAUAUUAUUUCGAUUUCUGUCACAGUUUUCGGGGAGUAAUGUUUAUCGCCCGUUUAGUGUGCAAAUCUCAUUCGUUUGUAGAUUUGUACAAGCAUAUCUCUCGCAACAGCUACCGGCAAUUUGCGACUGUUGUUUCGACUGAUAGGGAAUUGCUUGAGAGACGUCGUCGUGAGAUGGAAGGGACGCUUCGAGUUCGCAAGGAUCCGGUAGUGGUAAAGUUGGACACGCCAGAGUUCAAGUCAAUUUUCACUAAUGAACUGUACGAUUUGAUCGAUCUGUUCAAGAAGUAUGGACACGAGAUCAGGAUCGCCGGUGGGGCUGUAAGAGACAUUCUCAUGAAUAUCAGCCCCAAGGACAUUGAUUUUGCAACAACCGCAACACCAGAUCAAAUGAAAGACAUGUUCAAUAAAGAGAAUAUUCGAAUGAUAAAUAUGAAAGGCGAAAAGCAUGGGACAAUAACGCCACGAAUAAACGAUAAGGAGAACUUUGAAAUCACCACGUUGAGAAUCGAUGUACUUACCGACGGUCGACACGCUGAGGUGAAAUUCACAACAGACUGGCAGCUCGAUGCAAAUCGUAGAGACUUGACUAUAAAUUCCAUGUUCCUAGGGUUUGACGGAUCAGUUUAUGAUUAUUUUUAUGGAUAUGAUGAUUUGAAAAUGAGGCGAGUUGUAUUCGUAGGUGAUCCCGAUACACGGAUUAAAGAGGAUUUUUUGCGGAUAUUAAGAUAUUUCCGAUUUUAUGGCCGCAUAGCGAAUUCAGCAAACAACCAUGACCAAUUUACCUUAGAAGCGAUAAAAAAUAAUGCAACUGGGUUACAAAAAAUAAGCGGAGAAAGAAUAUGGUCGGAAGUCAGAAAGUUAUUAGUUGGAAACUUUGCACAAGAACUGAUGUUGACCAUGUUAAAAUGUGGAAUAGGGAAGUACAUCGGAUUGCCUGAUCCACAAAACAUUGAAGAAUUCAAUCGUGUUAUGGAAGCUAGCAAAGCAUUCAAAGAUGACUUUCUGCCGAUAAUGUUCAUGACAGGUCUGCUACAUUCACCAGAAGAUGCAAUGAAAUUGCAUGAGAGACUGAAACUAUCUGCGUAUGAACGUGAUUUAGCUUUAUUUUUAACACAAAAUCGGGAAUCAGCAAGAAGCAUCGAUGACCUAAAGAGUUACAAGAAAUUGUGCAUGCAGCCUUAUGCGAAAAGAGAAUACGUAGAGGAACUCCUUCGCUAUAAUAACAUGCCUGAGCUCUAUAAACAACUCAAGGAGUGGAAAAGUCCGUCGUUUCCAAUCAACGGAAGUAAACUGAAAGACAAUGGUUGCCCUCCAGGUGCAACAAUUGGUGUUGUGAUGAAUCAGUUGAAAGGCAUUUGGGCAGAUGAGGAUUUCAAGAUUAACGAAGAAGAUUUGUUACGCAUUCACCUUCCUAAGAUUCUUGAAGAUGUCAAGGCGAAUCCACCGCAAUUGAAAAAGCAGAAAGUUAAUAAAUAAUCUUAGAAGUAUUUUUAAUGAAUGUAUUGAAAUGUAAAUACUUUUGCUUUUGUUUUAUGAUUUUUUCUUCUAAGUUUUAUUAGAUUGCGUUAUUGAAAUUGUAACUGCUUCCUUUGAAUCUGAGUAUGAAGUUCUUUUUAAUAUAUGAAUAAAUAUUUACUUAAAAAUCAGAUUAGUAGUAACUAUGUUAAAAAAAAAUUAUUUGUCGAUAUUCGCUGUUAUAUUCUCGAUCGCUAUUGAUUGGCCUUAGCCUUUAUGUUCACAUUUAUUUUGUUCCUUACCAUUUAGCGAAAAUAAUUCCGAAUCUUGUCAAAUUAAUCGUAAAUUCAAUUAGAUACGUUGUUUGAUAAUAUAUUUGGAAUUUCGAAGCAAA